UCCUUGAGACACCAAACGGCCGAAUGGGAAUGGAAUAAAUGAGCGAAUGACUUUUGGGCUCUUUAAUAUGCUUUUAAAAAGCAUUUCAAGGUGUGAUCUGAUAUGCCAAACAAAAGACAAUGUUAAAUGUGUUAGCAGCUUUUCAAGUGGAAGUACUAUAGAUUCCUUGUUUCUUCAUUGCAUUUGCAUGGUGUUUUCUUCCUACUGAAGUAAGCUAGUUGCCUCUCAUUAGUAAAGCUACUUCAUUUGACUGUGUAAUUCUCAGAAGAAGGAUCAGUGGAUAUGAUGAUGGAAGGUGAAGGUAGUAGUAGCAGCAAGAAGAGAGGAGUUCAAAAUCAUAACGAUGGCUUCAUUAAUAUUCUCUUUUCUUGGUCUUUUGAUGACAUUUGUAAUGAAAAUCUUUUCAGUCAUAAGGUGGAAAAAAUUCCUGAAUCAUUUGAGUCUGUCACUCAGUAUUUCGAAUCAUUUGUUUAUCCUUUGUUGGAAGAAACACGAGCACAACUGUUUUCACCCAUGGAGACCAUUUCAAGCGCACCUUAUGCUAAGGUGGAUGAUUUCAGGCCCCAUGGACCUGAGUUACAUGAUGUUAAGAUUGAUUGCUGGAAGAACAGGUUCAGUAACAAUGGUAAAGAGCCUUAUAAAACUUUGCCGGGGGAUAUUUUAAUUUUAGCAGAUGCGAAGCCUGAAACUAUUUCCGACUUGGAGAGGGUUGGUAGAAUGUGGUCUUUUCUAUCAGUCAUGAAAAUCGCAGGGGAUGAUGAUGAAAAUGAUAACGAUACCACUUCUACUUACUUUAAAGUGAAGGCUUCAAAAAGCAUCCAGCAGUUUGAUGGGGAGAAAUCACUGUUUGUGAUUUUCUUGGCAAAUAUUACUACUAACAGAAGAAUAUGGAAAUCCUUGAACAUGUCUCGAAAUUUGAAGAUUAUCAAUGAAGUUUUACGCAGGAAUUCUGUGUUGGAGGAAAGUUGCCAAGUCUGUUCUGAACUGAAUAGGGGCAUUUUAUAUGAGAGAUUUGGUAGUGGUUUAUCGUCAACAUUGAAUGAUUCACAAUUGAAUGCAGUUCUUGCCUGUCUUGAUGGAGUGCGUUGUGAUCACAAGUCCUCUGUGCAACUUAUAUGGGGUCCCCCUGGAACAGGGAAAACUAGAGCUGUUAGUAUACUUCUCUUUACGCUGUUGAAAACAAAAUGCAGAACCCUUACUUGUGCCCCGACAAAUGUUGCAAUUACUGAAGUUGCUUCUCGUGUUCUGAAGCUGCUGAAAGAAUCGAUUAAAACUGACGACUAUGGAAGUGAGACUCUGUUGCUUCCUCUUGGAGAUAUUCUCUUGUUUGGGAGUAAGGAGAGACUCAAAGUUGGUCAAGAAAUAGAAGAAAUAUAUCUGGAUUAUCGUGUUAAAAGGCUUUCAGAGUGUUUUGGUAUGCUGACUGGCUGGAGGCAUUGCUUCUCAUCCAUGAUGGAUUUACUUGAAGAUUGUGUUUCUCAGUAUCACAUUUUCUUGGAGAAUAAAUUGAUAAAGAAGAGAGAAAGCAUUGACAAAAAUGAAGUCAAAGAGAAUUACAGGAAUAUGGAAAUGGAAGGUGACAAUGAGGAGUUUAAUUCGUUUCUUGAAUUUGUGAGAGAUAGAUUUAAACAUACUGCCACUCCUCUUAGAAAUUGUUUAUAUAUCUUCUGCACUCAUAUACCCAAAAGUUUCAUUUUGGAAAGUAAUUUUCAAAAUAUGGUAGAUCUUAUCAGUUUACUUGAUUCUUUCGAAACUUUGUUGUUUCAAAAAAAUGUAGUUUCUGACGAGCUCCAAGAGCUCUUUUCACAUUCAGUAGCUGAAGAGUUUUUUUCAUCACCUGGGCAUAGAAAUUACUUGUUGCAGAAAAGGAGAGGUGAAUGCCAUACAGUUUUAAGAAAUCUUCAUGAUUCCUUAAGUAAACUUGAGUUUCCAAGUGGUAUGAACGAAGAUUCAUUAAAAGAUUUCUGUUUUAAAACAGCUUCUGUAAUAUUUUGCACUGCCUCUAGUUCAUUUAAGCUGCAUUAUGUGGACAUGGAACCACUGAACAUUCUGGUCAUUGAUGAAGCGGCACAACUAAGAGAAAGUGAGUCGACAAUACCGCUGAAACUGUUCGGCAUAAAUCACACUAUUCUCAUUGGGGAUGAGUGCCAAUUGCCAGCAACGGUUAAUAGCAAGGUUUCUGAUGAAGCUUCUUUCGGUAGAAGCUUAUUUGAGAGGCUGAGCUCAUUGGGUCACUCUAAACACCUGCUCAAUACACAGUAUCGGAUGCACCCCUCAAUUAGCUACUUCCCAAAUUUAUAUUUUUAUAAAAACCAGAUUUGCGAUUCUCCUAAUGUUAAAAGAAAAAGCUACAAAAAAGUCUUUUUGCCAAGAUCUCCAAUAUUCCGUCCAUAUUCUUUCAUCAAUAUUCUCGAAGGGAGAGAAGAGUUUAUUGGCCAUAGCUGCAGAAAUAUGGUUGAGGUAGCUGUUGUGAUGAAAAUAUUGCAGAACCUGUACAAAGAUUGGAAUGACUCAAAACAGAAGCUGAGGAUUGGCAUAGUCUCACCUUACGGUGCUCAAGUACAAGCAAUUCAAGAAAAACUUGGAGGCAAGUAUGAUAACUGUGAUGACUUUACUGUAAAAGUGAAGUCAAUUGAUGGGUUUCAAGGUGGUGAGGAGGACAUUAUUAUAAUUUCGACUGUGAGAUUCAACAGAAGUGGAUCCAUUGGAUUCUUGUCCAAGCCACAGAGAAUCAAUGUUGCACUUACGAGGGCCAGGCACUGUUUAUGGAUUUUAGGGAAUGAAAGAACCUUAACUCAUGGUGAAUCUGUUUGGGAAAUCUUAAUCCAUGAUGCUAAGGACCGCUGUUGUUUCUUUAAUGCUGAUGAAGAUAAGGAUAUGGCCAAAGCUAUAUUAGAGGCCAAAAAAGAGCUUAAUGAAUUGGAUGAAUUGCUGAAUGCUGACAGUAUACUUUUCAGAAGUCAAAAGUGGAAGGUUAUUUUUAGUGAUAACUUCUUGAAAUCUUUUAAAAGAAUGAAAUCAGACCGCGACAAGAAGUCGGUUAUCAACCUUCUAAUGAAACUUUCAACUGGCUGGCGACCUAAGAGAAGGAACAUAGAUACUAUUUGCAAAAGCUCUUUGCACAUUAUUAAGCAAUUUAAAGUUGAAGGUCUAUAUACAAUUUGCACUGUUGACAUAGUGAAGGAAUCAAUGUACAUCCAAGUUUUGAAAGUCUGGGAUAUAUUGCCUUUGGAGGAUGUUCCAAAAUUGGUAAAACGUUUGGAUGAUAUAUUUGUCAGGUACACUGAUGACUACAUCAACCGUUGCAAAGAGAAAUAUAUUGAAGGGAAUUUGGAAGUUCCCAAGACUUGGGCAGUCUCUUCAGAAAUCAUUCGAAUCAGGAAUCUUGCUGACAUUAAGAGUGGAAGUGACUUAAGUGGAGCUCCUUUAGACAGUAUGAGUUAUGUAGAGAAUUCAAAUGUGGCUGAAAGUUUGCUUUUAAUGAAAUUCUACGCUUUAUCAUCAGGUAUUGUGAGCCAUUUGCUUUCUGACCGUGAUGGUAGAGAAUUGGAUCUUCCAUUUGAAGUAACGGAUGAACAGUUGGAGAUGAUUCUUUAUCCAAGAAGCACCUUUAUACUUGGUAGGUCAGGUACAGGGAAAACUACUGUGUUGACCAUGAAAUUAUUUCAGAAAGAAAAACUACAUCACACGGCAACAGAAGGAUUCUAUGGAGAUCAUUAUCAUAAGCAUUUGCAUACUACUCAGGAAAAUGAUGUUGAGAAGGUUAUUGGAGAGAAGAAACUAAAUAUCUUGCGCCAACUUUUCGUGACAGUCAGUCCUAAAUUGUGUUUUGCUGUAAAGCAACACAUUUCUCACUUGAAAAGCUCUACCCUGGGAGAGAAGUUUAUAGGAGAAGGCAGUUUACUAGACAUGGAUGAUAUUGAUGAUGGGGCACAAUUCAAAGAUAUUCCAAAUUCUUUUGUAGACGUUCCAUCUAAGUCAUACCCUCUUGUUUUAACGUAUCAUAAGUUCUUGAUGAUGCUAGAUGGAACAAUCGGCAAUUCAUAUUUCGACAGAUUCCAUGACGUAAGGAAACACUCUGAUGCUCUAAGUCAAAGGUUAAGAUCAGUUUCCUUAUAUUCAAUUAUGAGGACAAAGGAAGUUACUUAUGACAGGUUUAGUUUAUUUUAUUGGCCACAUUUUAAUGAAAAACUAACGAAGAAACUCGAUUCUUCAAGGGUUUUCAUUGAGAUUAUAUCUUACAUAAAAGGAGGCUUGCAAUCCAUGGAGAUUAGUGAUGGUAAACUGAGUCGAGAAGAUUACGUCCUAUUAUCAGAGGGUAGAGUUUCCACUUUAAAUAGACUGAAGAGGGAGAUGAUAUAUAAGAUAUUUCAAAACUAUGAGAAAAUGAAGAUGGCGAAUGGUGAAUUUGAUUUGGCUGAUCUAGUAAUUGAUCUUCAUCACCGACUUAAAAAGGGAAAAUAUCAUGGAGAUGAAAUUCAUUUUGUUUAUGUUGAUGAGGUGCAGGAUCUUACAGUGAGUCAAAUUGCUUUGUUCAAAUAUAUAUGCAAAAAUGUGGAAGAGGGAUUUGUUUUUUCUGGUGAUACAGCACAAACAAUUGCCAGGGGAGUUGACUUCAAAUUUGAAGAUAUACGAUCUUUGUUCUACAAGAGGUUUGUCAUGGAAUCAAGAAGCAAUGAACAUGAUGGCAAAGAACAGAAAGGACAACUCUCAAAAAUUCUUAAUUUGAGCCAGAACUUCCGUACCCAUGUAGGUAUCCUGAAGCUAGCUCAGAGCAUCAUUGACCUCCUUUACUGUUUCUUUGAUCGCUUUGUUGAUGUUUUAAACCCUGAGACCAGUAUGAUAUAUGGGGAAUCUCCAAUUUUGCUUGAAUCUGAGAAUAAUGAAAAUGCAAUCAUAAAAAUUUUUGGAAAGACUGGAAAUGCUGCUGGUGCCAUUGUUGGUUUUGGAGCGGAUCAGGUAAUAUUGGUACGGGAUGACAAUGCUCGGAAGAAUAUUUCUGACUACGUCGGGAAUCAAGCUCUUGUUUUGACAAUAGUAGAGAGCAAAGGCCUUGAAUUUAAGGAUGUACUUUUAUACAACUUUUUUGGUUCGUCAAAUCUUAAGAAUCAAUGGCGAGUGAUUUAUGAAUAUAUGAAGGAACAAAAUUUGCUUGACUCCACAUCACCUAGUGCUUUCCCAAGCUUCAGUGAAGCUAAACACAACAUCUUGUGUGCUGAACUGAAGCAACUGUAUGUCGCCAUCACUCGCACAAGACAAAGGUUAUGGAUCUGGGAGGAUAACGAGGAUGUCUCAAAACCUAUGUUUGACUAUUGGAAGAAGAAAUUUCUUGUUCAAGUCAAACAGUUGGAUGAUUCAUUUGUGCAUGCAAUGCAAGUUGUGAGCACCCCAGAGGAGUGGAAAUUGAAGGGACUCAAGCUAUUUCAUGAAUGUAAUUAUGAAAAGGCAACUUUUUGCUUCGAAAGAGCUAAAGAUUUAUACUGGGUGGAAAGGUGUAAAGCUACUGCCCUUAAAGCUGAUGCUGACCGCAUCCGCAGUUUAAACCCUGUGGAGGCUAAUAUCAAACUAAGGCAAGCUGCUAUAAAAUUUGAAGCUAUAAACAAUGCUGAUUCAGCCGCCAAAUGUUUUUAUGAGUUGGGGGAGUAUGAAAGAGCUGGUAGGAUUUAUUUGGAGAAAUGUGAGGAACCAGAGCUGGAAAGAGCUGGGGAAUGUUUUUGUCUGGCUGGACGCCAUGAGCUUGCUGCAAAGGUGUAUGCCAAGGGCAAUUUUUUAGCAGAAUGCUUGACUGUUUGCUCCAAAGGAAAGCUUUUUGAUGUUGGAUUGCAAUACAUAUAUUACUGGAAACAACAUGCCAGUAACGAUGUUGAUCUUGUCCAAAGAAUCAAACAAAUAAGCAACAUUGAACAAGAAUUUCUGGAGAGCUGUGCUUUUCAUUAUCAUGAGCAUAAAGAUAGCAAGUCCAUGAUGAAAUUUGUGAAAGCCUUCCAGUCAUUGGAUUUGAAACGUAACUUUUUGAAGUCAUUGGAUUGCUUUGCUGAACUUAUACUUCUGGAAGAAGAAUCAGGAAACUUCCUGGACGCUGCAAAUAUUGCAAAAACAAGAGGAGAUAUUCUCCGCGCAAGUGAUUUGCUUCAGAAAGCUGGGAAUUUCAAAGAAGCAUCUAUACUCAUUCUUAAUUAUGUGUUUUCCAACUCUCUAUGGUCAUCUGGGAGCAAAGGCUGGCCUUUGAAGCAGUUUCGAGAGAAGGAGGAGCUUUUGGGAAAAGCCAAGUCAUUGGCAAAGAAAGACUCGAACCAAUUUUCUGAAUUUGUUCAAACUGAAGCUGACAUUAUAUCAAAUGAGCAGUGCAACCUAUUGUUGCUUGGUCAACAAUUAAAUGCUUCAAAGCGAUGUCAGAGUUUAAGAGGCGAAAUAUUAACUGUUCGAAAGAUUCUGGAUUUCCAUCUUCAUUUAAGUACCUCCAAAUAUGGUUGGGAAGACGAAUUGGUUUCUGAUCUCAUAGCAUAUUCAGAGGACAUAAUUCAUAGGAACCAGGUUUCUGUUGAGACCCUUGUCUACUUCUGGAAUUACUGGAAGAAUAUGAUAGUGAAAAUACUUGAGUACCUCAAAGAUCUGCGAACACAAGAUGUUAAUGACUACAGAAGUUAUGGAGACUUCUGUGUGAACUAUCUUGGUAUAUGGAAGCAAUAUAGCAGUCGUGGUACCAAGUAUCUUUUGCUGAACCCAAAUGCACACUGGAUUAGAGAGGUGGACAAAAGAUGUGCUCAGAGCGAGAAGUUGGUUUUGAUUGAUGUCAGCAGGCUUGUCUCAGCUGCCCUGCAUUAUUGGAGUUCAGAGUUACUGUUUGUUGGUAAAAGGGUGUCAGAAUAUCUGGAUACCUUCCAUAAACAGUCAUUUAAGAAUUCAUCAUCCAUGCUCUGCAAAGUAAGAAUUUUUUCUUACAUUUUUGAGGUUUCAAAAUCUCUUUUGAACUCCAAAUUUCUGCAACACAGGUAUCAUGAUACUAAUUCACUACAAAGUAUUGCUGAACAAUCAAUGUGGCGUUUCUUUGACUUCAUAUUUCCUCUAGACUGGCGAGAAUCGUUGAAAGGGGACUUGAUUUAUGUGAGAAGAACUGAGAUUUGUAGGAGUAUGAUAAAAGAAGUUAUUUUUCAAAAUAUUGGCUUGAAAGGGUGUCUAUCUUAUGGGCAAAUUGGACGCACGGCAGUAAUGAUUCUGGGGUCUGGUAAGCCAAGCAAAGAGGUAUUUGAGAAUGUUGCAAAAAGUUGUAACGAAAAUAAACCAUGGAAGGAAUUUUUGGAGAGCCUCAGUCUUUCUGGAACUGUUGGCCCAGGCAAUAACAUUGAUCUUGUUCAGAAGUUCUAUGCAGCACUGAAAGAUAUUUAUGAAACCGAAUGGAAGAAAGACUAUAUAUCACCGUCCAAUUUUCUGUAUCUUCUCGAGCGCUUUCUGAUUAUUUUAUCCAGCGUCCAGGGGUUCGUCUUAACCACACAGUCAUGUUUUGUGGAAUUGCUCAUCUACCAGGAGGGGAACACCCCCUCUGUUUUUAAGAUUGAUGUGCAAUUUUCCUUUGGAGAUAUACUUAAAUUUGUAGUCGGCAUUGUUUCACAGUUCCUUCACAGCCGGAAUGACACAAUGGAGUGGAUCAAAAAGUCACAUCCAAAUCAUGUGCAUCACUACCAUUCACUUGUAGUUUUGAGAUUGGUUGUGAUAGUGUGUUUGCUUCAUAUGAAUUUUGGGAACUAUGCAAAUUUGCUCUUUGACUUGCUCAACAGGAACUAUGACAAACUGCCUCCGGAAUUUUGUAAUUUACUUCGCAGAAGAUGGAGGCAUAAUUCUCAUAAUGUAGAUCUGAUUGCCGAAGCAUUCAAGAGGAUCCAGAAUCCUCUUGUGAUUGUGAGUUGGGGGGAAAAUUGUUCAAGAUUUAAGUGUCGAGAUGCAGUUUUUGUUGACAUGACAGCUAACAAAUAUAAGGAGAUAUUACGUGUCAUGUUUCCACAAUCUGAAGGCCAUUCUGGAACUAAACUGGAAGCUGCUAGUUUGCACAAGAAUGUAUCUCUGUUAGACUGUCGUGGGAAAGAAAAGGGUUCAAUUCUUCCGACUUCAAAAUCUUCCAUCCUUCUAGAUAAGGAUUCAAUUGCUCAGACCAUAAAUGAAGAUAUAUCAGAAACAAUAGAGGCAUUGAUAGAAAAUGCAGAUGAUGAAAAGAGCAUUUUGUUGAAUGCCCCAGCAGUUGAGCCGAAUAGCAGUACUGAAGGCAAGGCAACAGAGGCGGGAUCAGAAGCAAAAUGUGAUGAAAAUGCAGAUGAUGAAAAGAGCAUUUUGUUGAAUGCCCCAACAGUUGAGCAGAAUAGCAGUACUGAAGGCAAGGCAACAGAGGCGGGAUCAGAAGGAAAAUGUGAUGAGGGAAACAACACUGACAGUAAGGAGGCAUUGCAAGUUAAUCGAGCCUCCGGUUCCCAGUCGCCAGAAAACACUCAGAAGACUGAAAAGAAGGGGAAGGGAAAGAAAAAGCCUAAGAAAAAGAACAAGGGAAAUGGUAAGCGGAAAAACUAGCAACCAAAGCUAAGAUUUCCCUUUUCUGAACUUGAUUACCUCAUACUACAAAUGGCCAAGUUUGUCCGUCUUUCUAGUUAUAUAAGAACAAAUUAUUAUUUUGUAUUUUAAAUAUUUAAUGAUAUUGAAUGGUGUUUUGAUGAUAAAAUUCAAUCAUGACAGAACUCUUUAUAAUAAAAAAUUG